AUGCCUACAUUCCAGAUGUGUUCAGAUGGUCCUGGGAACCCGCAGGGCAUUCUGGGCUGGGGGCUGCCACCGUCCAGACCGCCCCCUGGACGCCUCCCCGAGGGACAGUACCGGGACUCUGAGAUGGGGCACGUGCUCUUCAGAGCCUUCCACCCCCCGGAGGGCUCGGACCCCCUCCAGAGCCUGCACACGAUGGACGCGCUCCUGCACCGGUGGCUGAGGCCGGAUGUGCGCACCAUGAGGCAGAUCCUGGACCAGCUGGUGCUGGAGAAGUUCCUGACCUGCAUGCCCCUGGAGCUGCAGGUGCUGGUCAAGGAGAGGAGGGUGCAGAGCUGCGAUGAGCUGGAGGUCCUGCUGCUGAACAAGGAGAAGCCCAGGAGAUGGACGGUGGUCACCCUCCAUGGGCAGGAGUAUCUUCAGGAGAAUUCCGACGAGGAAGCCGGGGACACAGACCUCGGGGUGGACUUGUCCGUGAAGUCCCCAUCCCCCAUAAGUAAGGCGGGGGCACAUCCUGAGAACAGCCCCGAGGUCCUCGGAGAGCCGGGGAACCAGCCAGGACCCAGUGACGUGGUGUGGGGACAGGGGCAGAGAGUCCUCCUGCCAGAGACGAUGCUGAAGACAAGUGACCCACAGGGUGUGGGGCCCGUGGUGAAGGUGGAGGAGGUGGAGAAGGAUGUGAUGGAGGACGGGGAAGAGGCAGUUCUCACAUCUCCAGAGGCUCCGCUUCCCAGCAGUCCUGAAUCCAGGAGACAGAUCCCGUACGAGUGUCAGGACUGCAGCAAAAGGUUCAGUUAUAAAUCUCAGUUAGACCUUCACCGGAGGACACACACAGGAGAGAGACCCUUCCAGUGCCGUUACUGUCCCAAGAGAUUCAUUCAGGCCUCGGACCUGCACGUCCACCAUCGGAUCCACACGGGCCGGAAGCCGUACUGCUGCACCGUCUGCCAGGAGAGGUUCACCCACGCGUCCACGCUGCGCGGCCACGAGCGGGUCCACACCCAGGAGAGGCCGUUCCAGUGCGACGUCUGCCUCAAGAGCUUCAGCCACCGAGGGAACCUCAACGUCCACAUGCGCACCCACACGGGCCUGAAGCCCUACCGGUGUCCCCAGUGCGACGGGGCCUUCCGCCAGCUGGGGACGUUCCAACGCCACCGAAGGACCUGCCAAGGAGCGCCCCUGGGGCUCCGGGUCCCUGCUGACCCAGGAGGAAAGGAAGGGGUCCCCUCUGGUGCAGAAGUGGUCUAUGAGCCCUUAGACAGUGGGGGUGCUAUGAAUUAG